CGCCAACGUCAGUCUCUCGUCGGAUCGAAUCGAAGGGGGAAAAAAAACACACGCAGCGCCUUCGUCUCCGUCUCUUCUCCCCCGCACGUUUCUCAGAUCUGCGCCGGCGUAGCCCCCGCAACACCGCCCCUGCGGCGGCUCGCCCGCCCCGCUCCAUCCCUGCGCCGGCACCUCGCCCCUCUCCAGCGCAGCGCCGCCGUCCUGACGCACGCGUGGAAGGAGCGCGGGCUUCGACGGCCUGACGCAUGCCAGUGAGGUGUGUGCGUCUCCGGCGGCCCGACUUGUAGAAGGCGAGGGUGUCUCGGGACUAAGGACACCGAAGGUGGCACACAGGAGGGCAGUAACCUGCAGCGGCGUGCAGAGCUCCUAUCUCGGCAGGAGAUAGAAUCGGUGGGGUAAGAGCACCUCAGGGUACUGCAACCCAGCAGCAGGGGCCUGACCUCAGCGCACCUGGAUGGCAGGGCUGGAGGAGUUGAAGAAGAAGCUACAACCCUUGCUGUUCGAUGAUCCGGAUAGAGGUGGCGCCAGUACGAGGGUGCCCUUACCAGAAGAUACUUGCGAUUCCUAUGCAAUUUCUGAUGGUGGGACUGUUAAUUUACUUAGUAGAUCCUUGGGUGAGUAUAACAUCAAUGAGCUUGGCUUUCAUAAACGAAGCGCUGGGCCAGACGAGUCAGAUUCUGAUGAGAAGGGGUACCGUUGUGCCUCUCAUGAGAUGCACAUAUUUGGUCCCAUCGGUAAUGGUGCAAGUAGUGUAGUGGAGAGAGCUAUAUUUAUUCCAGUUCAUCGAAUCUUGGCCUUGAAGAAGAUAAACAUAUUCGAGAAGGAGAAGAGGCAACAAAUUCUCAAUGAGAUGAGAACAUUAUGUGAAGCAUGUUGUUAUCCUGGUUUAGUUGAAUUCCAGGGUGCAUUUUACAUGCCUGAUUCUGGACAAAUAAGCAUUGCUCUUGAAUACAUGGAUGGUGGUUCCUUGGCAGAUGUUAUAAGGGUCAAGAAGUCUAUACCAGAACCAGUUCUUUCACAUAUGCUACAGAAAGUAUUGCUUGGUCUGCGAUACUUACAUGAAGUAAGGCAUCUAGUGCAUAGAGAUAUAAAGCCAGCAAAUGUGCUGGUAAAUCUGAAGGGCGAGGCGAAAAUUACAGAUUUUGGUGUGAGUACUGGUUUGGACAAUACAAUGGCUAUGUGUGCUACCUUUGUAGGCACGGUCACAUAUAUGUCACCUGAGAGAAUUCGUAAUGAGAACUAUUCUUAUGCUGCUGAUAUUUGGAGUCUUGGACUAACAAUAUUGGAAUGUGCUACUGGAAAAUUCCCAUAUGACGUAAAUGAAGGCCCUGCAAAUCUCAUGUUGCAGAUACUUGAUGAUCCAUCACCAACACCACCACCAGAUGCUUAUUCACCAGAAUUCUGCUCAUUCAUCAAUGACUGCUUGCAGAAAGAUGCUGAUGCAAGGCCCAUGUGUGAGAAGCUUCUGUCACACCCAUUCAUCAAGAGGUAUGCAGGAACCGAGGUGGACUUGGCAGCAUAUGUCAAAAGUGUUGUUGAUCCAACAGAAAGAUUAAAGCAAAUAGCUGAGAUGCUUGCUAUACAUUACUACCUCUUGUUUAACGGAUCUGAUGGGAUUUGGCAUCAUAUGAAGACAUUCUACAUGGAACAAUCUACAUUCAGUUUCUCAGGGAAGGUGUAUGUUGGCCAAAAUGACAUUUUUGAUAGUUUGUCAAAUAUAAGAAAGAAGCUAAAAGGUGAUAGGCCCCGAGAGAAAAUUGUUCAUGUUGUCGAGAAGCUACAUUGUCGUGCGAAUGGUGAAGAUGGAGUUGCAAUUCGUGUAUCUGGAUCAUUCAUUGUGGGAAACCAAUUUCUUGUAUGUGGCGAUGGGAUAAAAGCUGAAGGAAUGCCCAGCUUGGAUGAGCUCUCUAUUGACAUUCCAAGCAAACGUGUAGGCCAGUUCAGAGAGCAGUUUAUCAUGCUACCAGGGAAUUUAAUGUCUUGUUAUUACAUAUCAAAGCAAGAUUUGUACAUUAUCCAAUCCUGAUGGAACAUAUUAUUUGUAAGAUUUACUCUCUGAAGCUCAUGUACCAUGGAUCUGGAAAAAAAAAUCCUUUUGAAGUCUGGGCUUGAAUCUUAUUUUACCUUUUGGAACUGAAA